GUGGGAUGUUGAAGGGAGUUGAAGAUCUUUUUUAGACGCGUCGCGCCUGCACGUGAUGAAAUAGGUCACGUGUAUAUAAAGUGGCCGCCAGGUAAGGAUAAAGAGAGAGAGAGAGAGACGAAGAUGAAGACAGUCAAGAUAAAGACGAAGACGAAGGAGGUAAAGGUGACGGAGAGGGACCAAAAAGGGUUAAAAUGAUCUAAUCACUGCUUUUCCUGGCCAGCCUACAGUUACGCCAUGUAUACGGGGAUAUAUACAAGAUGCUUGCUCCAAAAAGAAAACACGGAUAUAGAUAUAUGGAUACACCCUCACUUCCUCUUCUUAAACUUGCUCGAGCCUCCCUCUGCUUCAUUCUUCCUCUUCUUGCCUUCCCGGCUCCAGAACUCAUCUCGUUCUUUCUUCUCUCGAGCCUCCUUUUUCUCCAGGUUCUCUGCGACUUUUGCCCGGUAGACCUUCCGCCGCUCUUCCUGAGCAGCCUGUCUCUUAGCAAUCUUCUCGUUUCGAAGCGUAGUGAGCUUCUGCAUGAGGUCGCGGGCCCUCUUCUCUUCUCCACCCAGGACAACGGCACGCUUUUGCAGGUACGUCUCCUUCUUGCGCGGCCGCAUCUUGGUGAUCUGGGAUUUGAACGGGAGGUCAGCUGCUAGCUGUCUGGGUACUUUCAGGGGGUUGAAGUGUCUGGUCUGCCGUUCAAUUUUGCGGUAGGCAGAGUCCUUCUCUAGCGGGGUAGGAAUAUCCAGAUCUCGACGGACUUCUCCAGUAAGACGCAUGCCUUGCCAGGUAGCUCCUGUGCCGGUUUCAGAGUCCUUGUAGUCAAGGAGAUUGGUUACUGGAUUGUAGUAACGAACAGGCUUGACGGGAUACCAGGUUCGAAGGAAGACAAUGUCGCUCAUCAAGAUCUUGUCCUCAAACGUGGCACGGAAAUGGCCUUCUGGUUUGCUCAGGGCACGUUUAAUCUGACCUCGAAUACCAGAGACGGUGCGGAUGGCGGCUCCUUCAAACUUGGCAAUUUCAAGAGAUGAGUUGAACAUAUUCUUAAUAAACGCGGUGUUUCGGAAAAUCUUGUAAGGCUGGCCGGUGAGCUUCAGCUUCUUGACAAUCUCAGUGUUUUCGUCAACGCUUAGAAUGACACCGCUGGCAGCUAUCCUGAAUCCAGGGUUCUUGUUCGAAAAGGACUGAACACAGCAGAAGCCCGUGUUAGGGGCAACCAGGGGGCCGU